AUGGCUGGGCAUCAGGUUCUGUUUCUAAUGAGCUUCUGUCUCCAUGGCUUUCUUUUCUCAGAGGCUGCAAAAAUUUUGACUAUAUCCACAAUUGAUUUCCAAAAAAAGGAAAGAGCAUAUCAGGUUAUUUAUUGGUCCCCACCCAAAGAUCAACUAAAGAAGGCAUCAAAGAAAUUUGAAUUCUACAUAAAAGGAGCGUUCGAUGGCCGGGCCAUGUCUGGGUCUGUGGUCAUGCGGCAGCAGGGGCCUGUGUUGAUGUCCGUGGCUCAUAUUACUGUUAAAGGCCAGGCAGACAUGGACUUGGAGAACUUCACUGCUAAAUUUGGAGACUCUGGCUUUAUUUUUGUUUCUCAUGGAUCUUUACUGGACUCCUAUCAGACCAAGAAGAGUAUCAAGGAAAUGAACAAUGCCUUUGCACACCUCCCUCAAGGAGUGAUUUGGAAGUUUAAAGCUUCUCAUUGGCCCAAAGAUGUCAAGUUGGCUGAAAAUGUGAAAAUUGUGGAGCGGCUCCCUCAGAAUGAUCUCCUGGCUCACCCAAGAAUUCGUCUGUUUGUUACCCAUGGAGGAAUCAGCAGUGUAACAGAGGCCAUCCAACAUGGAGUUCCCAUUGUUAGGCUUCCAGUUAACUUUGAUCAGCCUUACAACAUGGUCCAAGUAGAAACAAAAAUGUUUGGAAUCUCCAUCCAGCUUCAGGAUGUCAACGAGGAGACACUGGUCUGGACGAUAAAACAAGUCAUGGAAGAGAAGAGGUACCAGUCUGCAGCAAUGGCUGCCAGAGUGAUCGGAGACACCCAACCCCUGCCUCCUGCCCAGAAGCUUGUGGGAUGGAUUGACCACAUCCUGAAGACAGGGGGUGCAGCACACCUGAAGCCGUAUGUCCUUCAGAGGCCAUGGCAUGGGCUGUACUUCCUGGACAUCAUCCUGUUCUUUGUAGGAGUCAUUCUGGGAACCUUAUGGCUUUGUGGGAAGGUUCUUGGCGCUGUGACCAGGUAUCUGAGUGGAGCCAAGAAGAUGAAGAAGAUAUGA